AUGAAGCCUGUUGUAUCUGUUCUAAAUGCCUGGUCUUGCGUUGUCAUCUCUGCCUUCGCUAUUGUCAUUCUGUCCGUCCUCGGAUCAUUAUACAAGAGCGAACACCAUGGAUUCACCGGAUCGGAAAACGACCCCGAAGAUGGCGGUGCAGUUGCGGCUUCGAUUUUCACCGCGGUGAUCAUAUACGCUUGUUUCUUCGUUUUCUGCGCCUUCCAGGCUUAUCUGCACAUGAGAAGCCGCCGGAGAGGUGCUAUCUCGCUAAGCUAG